AUGGUGCAACUCUCAGAGAAGAGCUCGGCAAUUAUUGAAAGAAGAUUACUAAAGAAGCUAAAAGACCCUAGGGGUUUUACUAUUCCUUAUUUUAUUGGUAAUGUGCCUGAUUUGGGGGCUAGCAUUAGUGUUAUACCCUACAAUUUAUUUAAGAAACUAGAACUUGAAGAACCUAAGCCUACAAUCAUGAGCAUUCAAUUAGCUGUAUACUCUAAGCGUAUCAUUGAGGAUGUGUUAGUUAAUGUUCAAGAGUUUAUUUUUCUUAUGGAUUUUGUGAUUAUGGAUAUGGAUGAAAGUGUUGAUGUUUACCUUAUUUUAGGAAAACUCUUUCUUGCUACAGCCAGAGCUGGUAUUGAUUUUCAUGAUGGUUUGAAAAGAAAUUUGCAGGUUAAUGAGUUAGAUGAAUGGAGGCUACAUGCAUAUGAGAAUGUUCCUCCAACCAAGAAACGCACAAAGAGACGACAUGAUUCUCGAAUUAAGCCAAAAAGGGAGUUUCAAGCUGGAGAUAAGGUACUUCUAUCUGAUUUGCAGCUUUAG